UUAGUUUGGCUCCCACCAAGGCACCGGAAACAGAAGCUUCCAGAGAUUGAAGCAUAUGAACUGAUGGGACAGGAGGGCUUCCUUCCUGCCUGUGUCCUGGACGGCUGGAGGCUCCGGCCUGGGACCUGCAUUGAGCCUCGAGCUGUAGUGAGGAAGGACCCCCCGGGCCUGUAAAGCAGAGUGCUGGAGCAGCUGCUCCCCGAGCUCACAGGGCUGCUCAGCCUCCUGGACCACGAGUACCUCAGCGACACCACCCUGGAGAAGAAGAUGGCCGUGGCCUCCAUCCUGCAGAGCCUGCAGCCCCUCCCAGCAAAAGAAGUCUCCUACCUGUACGUGAACACAGCUGACCUCCACUCCGGGCCCAGCUUCGUGGAGUCCCUCUUUGAAGAAUUUGACUGUGACCUGAGUGACCUUCGGGACAUGCCAGAGGACGAUGGGGACCCCGGCAAAGGAGCCAGCCCUGAGCCAGCCAAGAGCCCAUCUCUGAGACAUGCAGCCGACCUGCCUCCACCGCUCCCCAAUAGGCCUCCACCAGAGGAUUACUAUGAGGAGGCCCUUCCCCUAGGGCCGGGCAAGUCCCCCGAGUACAUCAGCUCCCACAGUGCGGCUCUUACUGGCAAUCCCGCAGACGGCUGCAGCCCAGCCCACUCCAUCGUGGAUGGCUACUACGAGGACGCAGACAGCAGCUACUCCACAACCAGGAUGAAUGGGGAGCUGAAGAGCUCCUACAAUGACUCUGACGCAAUGAGCAGCUCCUACGAGUCCUAUGACGAGGAGGAAGAGGAAGGGAAGGGGCCGCAGCCCACGCACCAGUGGCCCUCGGAGGAGGCCUCCAUGCACCUGGUGAGGGACUGCAGGAUAUGUGCCUUCCUGCUGCGGAAAAAGCGCUUCGGGCAGUGGGCCAAGCAGCUGACCGUCAUCAAGGAAGACCAGCUCCUGUGUUACAAAAGCUCCAAGGACCGGCAGCCACAUGUGAGGCUGGCGCUGGAUGUCUGCGGCGUCAUCUACGUGCCCAAGGACAGCCGGCACAAGAGGCACGAGCUGCGCUUCUCGCAGGGGGCCACUGAGGUCUUGGUGCUGGCACUGCAGAGCCGGGAGCAGGCCGAGGAGUGGCUGAAGGUCAUCCGAGAGGUGAGCAAGCCCAUCGGGGGAACCGAGGGGGCAGACGUGCCCAGAUCCCCAGUCCUCCCGUGCAAGCUGGACCUAGACAAGAGGCUGUCCCAAGAGAAGCAGACCUCAGACUCCGACAGCCUGGGCAUGGGUGACAACUGUUCCACCCUCGGCCACCGGGAGGCCUGUGAACAUGGCAAAGGGAAGAAGAGCAGCCUGGCAGAGCUGAAGGGCUCAAUGAGCAGGGCUGCAGGCCGCAAGAUCACCCGCAUCAUCGGCUUCUCCAAGAAGAAGGUGCUGGCUGAUGACGUGCAGAUGCCCUCCACCGAGGAGGUUCCAUGCUGUGGCUAUCUGAACGUGCUGGUGAACCAGGGCUGGAAGGAACGCUGGUGCCGCCUGAAUGGCAACACUCUGUAUUUCCACAAGGACCGCACAGACCUGCGGACCCACGUGAACGCCAUCGCCCUCCGUGGCUGUGAGGUGGCCCCGGGCUUUGGGCCCAGACACCCAUUUGCCUUCAGGAUUCUGCGCAACCGGCAAGAGGUCACCAUCUUGGAGGCAAGCUGCUCAGAGGACAUGGGCCGCUGGCUGGGGCUGCUGCUGGUGGAGAUGGGCUCCAAAGUGACUCCCGAGGCGCUGCACUAUGACUACGUGGACGUGGAGACCUUGACCAGCAUCGUCAGCGCGGGGCGCAACUCCUUCCUAUAUGCAAGAUCCUGCCAGGAUCAAUGGCCUGAGCCCCGUGUCUAUGAUGAUGUUCCUUAUGAAAAGAUGCAGGACCAGGAGCCUGAGCGUCCCACUGCGGCCCACGUGAAGCGCCACGCCUCCUCGUGCAGUGAGAAGUCCCAUCGGGUGGACCCGCAGGUCAAGGUGAAGCGCCACGCCUCCAGUGCCAAUCAAUACAAGUACGGUAAGAACCGAGCUGAGGAGGAUGCCCGGAGGUACCUGGUAGAAAAAGAGAAGCUGGAGAAAGAGAAAGAGACGAUCCGGACCGAGCUGAUGGCACUGAGGCAGGAGAAGAGGGAGCUGAAGGAAGCCAUUCGGAGCAGCCCAGGAGCAAAGGUAAAGGUUCUGGAGGAGGCGGUGGCCGCCCUGGAAGCUCAGUGUCGGGGGAAGGAGGAACGCCGGAUCGACCUGGAGCUGCGGCUGGUGGCUGUGAAGGAACGCUUGCAGCAGUCCCUGGCAGGGGGCCCGGCCCUGGGGCUCUCCGUGAGCAGCAAGAAGAAGAGUGGGGAAACUGCAAAUAAACCCCAGAACAACGCCCCAGAGCAACCUCUCCCUGUCAACUGUGUUUCUGAGCUGAGGAAGAGGAGCCCACCCAUCGUAACCUUCAACCAAGGAAGGGUACUACAGAAAGCCAAGGAAUGGGAAAUGAAGAAGACCUAGAAAGAGGAUGAGGAUUUCAUUCCAAAGGAAAUACCAGAUUGUCCAUCUAAGGCAGAAAUGCUUUUUUCACAAGGAGAUACCAGAAGACUGGAAGUAGUCUCUACUCUCCGGGGCACCCAGAAGACCAGCCUUUACUGUCUGCAUGAUUAUAGGGGAAUUGGGGAGGGAAGAGGUAGAAGGGAAGAGGGAAAUGGAGGGCGUCCUUAUAACUUUACAGAGGGUGGAAAAUGGGGGCGGAGGGAGAUAGAAAUCUGCACUGUUGUAAAGGUUUUGUUAAAUGUCUUGGCCUUCCCUUCUGAGGAAGAAAUGAAAGCACAUGUGAAUAAGCCAUUCCAUCCCAUUCUCAGCAUCCCAUUCCCAGUCCUUAGGGCAGAGGAAGGCAGUGCUGAAGCAUCGUGGUGCAGGGCGAAGAGAAGAAACUUGGUCAUUCGAUCACAUCUGCGCCAACUGGAUUCAUGUUGGGCAUUACUGACCACCUCUGGGCAAGAUAAAUAGGCUGAAAAAUCAAUAGAAUUAUCCCUGCCCGCAUAAAGGUGAACAAAAGCUAUAGAAACAAGCAAAUUCUACAAUCAUUCCUUAUUCGCUUUAGAACUCAGCAGAUGCAGCUACCGGAACCCCAGAUUUGAAUUGUUUUCAAAUCAGAAAUCUGAGUAUGCAGCAGGCAAAGAGAGGUUCAGCAGCUGACAUAAUUUAACCUCACAGUGAUACUCAGUGACAGCAUGGAUGUCUAAUGUCCACAGGAUGUUGUAGGCUUUGUAGGGUGGGGUUAUUUGCUGUCAAUCAAGUCCUUUAUUUUAUAUGACAUUCAGGCUCCAGGAGCUAUGGUUAGAAAUCCAGGUGACACGCUUUAUGUCUUUAUCUUUAUCUUGCACUCUGAGGCCCACCCGUCUGCCCUUCCGUAUCUGUUGUCAAGUAAAACUAUCAGGGAGAACCAAGAGGAUGGUGGCUCACUUCUGCCACAUGGGUGCUAAGCCUUUUAUAAACACUUGACACUGUCAUAGGGGAGCAAGGACCUCAAGUCCUAGGCAGUCUCCUUGCUGUGCCACUCAGUACUUUCUCACCACUGUAGGCACUUUAUAGGUCGUUACCACAUUUCCCUCCAAUAAAGAAAAAACCA